AUGGCCUUGACUGCAGUCCGCCGAGCGGCUCGCGAUGUCGUGGGCUCCUCGCUGUCAGAGCUGGAGCCGCUGCUGCUUGUGCUGCUCGUCGACGAUGUCGAGCUCCCGGCAGUGUACAGGGUUGUCUGCUGGGGGCUUGCAGCUCCACUCACCCAUGAGACUCGGCCAUGGGCGGUGGUGCUGGCGCUCGUAAGACCACCGCCACACAUGGUUUGGUGUGUCAGGUUGGGUGGGGUCCCUUGA